GGACCCGCGGCGGCCGCCACUGAGCCCGGCCGCACCCCCCGGCGCCGGCCGGGAGCCUCCGCUGACGCUCGGCUCCAGCCCCGCUGUCCCCGGCACCUGGCCCAGGGAUUCCCGCGGGAGGCGCCGAUGUCGGACAAGGGUGGCACCAUGGACGGCAGGACGGACAUUGUCAACGGCAGCCUGUCCAGCAGCCCCGAGGACAUGUCGGCCGAGGAGGGCCGCGAGACGUCCUCGGGGAUCGAGGUGGAGGCGUCCGACCUCAGCCUGAGCCUGACGGGCGACGACGCCGGGGCCGCGCGGGGCCGCGCCAGCGACAGCGACAGCUCCGGGGACAAGGACAGCGACAGCAUGGACGACACCGGCCACUACUCCAUCCCCGAGGAGCCGCGGCACGGCCAGGACGAGGAGGAGGAGGAGGAGGACGAGGAGGAGGAGGAGGAGGAAGAGCCCCGCGCCCGGCGCAGGGCGCCCCGCAGGCGGCCGCCGCACGAGCGCGACUCGUCCGACGAGGAGCAGGCGCUGGAGGACUGGGUGGCCUCGGAGACGUGGGCGCUGCCGCGGCCGCGCUGGCGGGCGAUCCCGGCGCUGCGGCAGCGCCAGCUGGGCGGCUGCUCGCGCUUCGUGGCGCAGGCCUGCGGCGCCCGGCUCUUCGUGCAGAAGUUCCGGCUGCAGCACGGCCUGGAGGGCCACACGGGCUGCGUCAACACGCUGCACUUCAACCAGCGCGGCACGCGCCUGGCCAGCGGCAGCGACGACCUCAAGGUGCUGGUGUGGGACUGGCUGCGGCGCCGGCCCGUGCUGCAGUUCGACAGCGGGCACAAGAGCAACGUCUUCCAGGCCAAGUUCCUGCCCAACAGUGGUGACUCCACGCUGGCCAUGUGUGCCCGGGACGGGCAGGUGCGCGUGGCCGAGCUCUCGGCCACCCAGUGCUGCCGCAGCACCAAGCGCGUGGCCCAGCACAAGGGCGCUUCCCACAAGCUGGCGCUGGAGCCGGACUCGCCCUGCACGUUCCUGUCGGCGGGGGAGGACGCCGUGGUCUUCACCAUCGACCUGCGGCAGGACCGGCCCGCCUCGAAAUUGGUGGUGACGAAGGAGAAGGAGAAGAAGGUCGGGCUCUACACCAUCUUUGUCAACCCUGCCAACACCUCCCAGUUCGCUGUGGGCGGCCGCGACCAGUUCGUGAGGAUUUAUGACCAGAGGAAAAUCGAUGAAAAUGAGAACAACGGAGUCCUGAAGAAGUUCUGCCCUCACCACUUGGUGAACUGCGAGUCCAAAGCCAACAUCACCUGCCUGGUCUACAGCCACGACGGCUCAGAGCUGCUGGCCUCGUACAACGACGAGGACAUCUACCUGUUCGACUCGGCGCACAGCGACGGCGCGCAGUACAGCCGGCGCUACAAGGGGCACCGCAACAACGCCACGGGAAUUCCACUGGAGACAGCCCCAACCUCUCCUUUUUCCCCUUUUCCCCUGAUUUUCCCCCAUUUUCCCCUGUUUUUUCCCCUGAUUUUUCCCACAUUUUCCCCCGAUUUCCCCCCAUUCCCAGAUUUCCCGUUUCCGCAGGUGAACUGCCUGGAGCCGCACCCUCACCUGCCGCUGCUGGCCACCAGCGGGCUGGACCACGACGUCAAGAUCUGGGCGCCCACGGCCGAGGCGCCCACGGAGCUGCGCGGCCUCAAGGAGGUGAUGAAGAAGAACAAGGCGGAGCGGGACGAGGACAGCCUGCACCACACGGACAUGUUCGACAGCCACAUGCUCUGGUUCCUCAUGCACCACCUGCGCCAGCGCCGCCACCACCGGCGCCGCCGGGACCCCGGGGCCGAGUCCCCCUCGGACGACUCCGGGAGUUCCUCGGACACGUCGGACGAUGAGGAGGAGGGGCCGGACCGGGUGCAGUGCAUGCCCUCGUGAGCCCCAAAAACCCCAAAACCCCCCAAAAAACCCCAAACGGGGGGCCCACCCCACUAACACUCGGAGCUUUGUAUUGACCCUGUUCAGCCCCCCCAAAUUCCCGGGUUUCCCCCUUUUUUGGGGUCCCCUCCCCCUUUUUUCCCAUUUUUUUCCCUUUUUUUCCCAUUU